GUGUGGAUGUGUUGUGUUGGCAACCAAUAGACCGAGGAAAAACAGAUUACAGAUAUAUAUUCCUUUAUUUUCUUACACUAAAAAUUACGCGGGACCCUUUAAUCGAAGACCGCCAGAUUCGUCACCCAAUAACACAGUAACGCCGCACCGCAGCCGCAGCCGCAUUACGGAUCAUCAAAACAACCAACACCUUUUUCAAAGUUCUCUUUAAGCUAUCAUAAUAAUUCUUUCUUUUCUUUCACAGUUGACAAAAGAAAAGAUCUUUUUGGUGAAAUACUUCAUCGAUUCUUCAUCUGAUCUGGGGUCUGGAGCUGUAGCUAGUUUGUGCGUGUGUCAGGAACUGGGUUCUCUGUGCACUGUGAUUAUAGAUACUUUCUGCAAUGUGUUCUGGAAUGUGGAAGGUCCCAGGAGCUUCUGCUGAUUCAUUCUAUGAAGUCCGCCCUGAAUGCACAGAUGUUCCCAACACCAAAUUCAGAAUCAAGGCUGGGAAGACCCUAAGUGCACGGAAAUGGCGGGCUGCAUUUACUCCAGAAGGGUAUCUAGACAUUGUGAGAAUACUCAGCAGAGUAUACCGUGGGGGUAUCCAUCCCUCAAUCAGAGGUGAAGUUUGGGAGUUUUUACUGGGGUGCUAUGAUCCAAAAAGCACUUUUGGUGAACGACAACAGUUAAGACAACGCAGGAGGGAGCAGUAUAUGGUAUUGAAAGAAGAGUGCCGCCAAAUGUUCCCUAUGAUUGGAAGUGGAAGAUUUAUAACUGCACCUAUAAUCACUCAGGAUGGUAAUCCUAUUCAAGAUCCUCUAGUACUUCAAGAGGCAAGCAAAGCCAAGAUGCCAAGGGAGAAUGGUUCCUUAAACAACUCAGAGAUGGUGAAGGAAACAGAUAACAGAAUAGUUCAGUGGAAACUCACAUUGCAUCAGAUAGGACUUGAUGUCAUUCGGACUGAUAGAACACUCAUAUUCUAUGAAAAUCAAGCAAACCUGGCAAAACUGUGGGAUAUCUUAGCUGUUUAUGCCUGGUUUGAUAAAGAUGUUGGUUAUUGUCAAGGAAUGAGCGACCUUUGCUCUCCCAUGAUAAUUCUUCUUCCUGAUGAUGAGGGAGAUGCAUUUUGGUGCUUUCAGCACUUGAUGCGUAGACUGAGACGAAAUUUCAAAUGCACUGAGACCUCUAUUGGAGUAGAAGUGCAGCUUACUAAUUUGGCCACAGUAACCCAAGUUAUUGAUCCUAAACUCCAUAAACACUUAGAGACCAUAGGUGGAGGUGAUUAUCUUUUUGCCUUCAGAAUGCUAAUGGUUUUGUUCCGCCGUGAAUUCUCUUUUGGUGACUUGUUGUUCCUAUGGGAGAUGAUGUGGGCUCUAGAGUAUGACCCAACAUUGUGUUUGGUGAAUGAAGGCCCUGCUGCCUCAGCUAAUGAAAAAUCUAUAGGAUCAAACGGGAAAGUAAAGGCAAGAAGUGAGUACGGGAAAUAUGAGAGAGCUUACAUGAAGAACACAGGGAAAAAAGUGGUGGAUCCUCUCCCUUUCUCCGUUUUUCUCGUAGCCAGUGUCCUCAAAGAAAAAAGUCCCAAGUUGUUGGCUGAGGCCCGAGGACUAGAUGACGUUGUAAAGAUAUUAAAUGACAUAACAGGCAGCCUAGAUGCAAGAAAGGCAUGCUCUGGUGCACUGAAACUUCACAAGAAAUACCUUAAAAGGGUGAAGUAGCAGAACAUAUAGGAUCUAAUGAUCUAUGGCCACUUGAAGAAGCUAAUAAUGCUGCAAAUAUUUAGUGAAAGCAAGAUGCCAAUAUAUGUGUGUGCCUGCUGUCUGGAAUUGUGUUCCGUGCCAGAAGUUCUUUUCUCGCUUUGUUCUAGUAGCGAGCGGUUUGAAUGCUGCACAACCUAACACGAGAUACUUAGGAUCGCCCUAAAGUGUAUAUUUUGGUACAAGUUUUAGCCAAAUACAAAUAUGUGUGUGUGGUAUUCCUCGGUAGAGCUUUUUAGUGCACAAAUGUGGUUGUUUGUGUGAGAUUGAUUUCCAUGUACUAACAACUUAAACAUUCCUCUUUAAUAUAGUCUGUUGAAAUGCGACUGUAAUUUUUUUUUAGUUUUACGUUGCCCUGUC